UUAACAAUAACCGACAGCCGCAGCCCGAACCGUUUAUUCUGUAUUAUUCACCCUCCGGAGUCCGGCCAUGGCAACAGCCACUCCCUCCACGCCUCUGCCACUUCAGGACCGGGUAGCGAUAGUGACCGGCUCUUCUCGAGGUAUCGGGAAAGCCAUAGCUCUCCACUUGGGCUUACUCGGCGCACGACUCGUCAUCAACUACACCUCCAACAAGGAACAAGCCGACCUCGUCGCCGCCGAGCUCAAUUCUUCUUCGUCAGCUCCACCGCGAGCAAUCACCGUCCAGGCUAACGUCUCCGACCCAGCCCAGGUGAAGACCCUCUUCGACGAGGCGGAGAGGGCCUUCGGUGGCUCGCAGGUCCAUAUCCUGGUAAAUUGCGCUGGCGUGCUGGAUUCCAAAUACCCUUCCAUCGCUCACACUUCCGUGGAAGAUUUCGAUCAUACAUUUGGUGUGAAUACUAGAGGGGCGUUCCUUUGCUGCAAGGAGGCGGCGAAUCGAGUGAAACAAGGCGGCGGAGGGAGGAUAAUCCUGCUAUCAUCGUCGAUGGUGGGUGGUUUGAAACCAGGGUUUGGAGCCUAUGUAGCUUCAAAGGCAGCUGUGGAGGCGAUGGUAAAGAUUCUGGCGAAGGAGCUCAAGGGAACUGGGAUUACUGCCAACUGCGUGGCUCCUGGUCCGGUUGCCACGGAGAUGUAUUAUGCUGGGAAGUCCGAGGAGAUGAUACAGAGGAACAUUGAUGAGAGCCCGUUAGGCCGAAUUGGUGAACCAAAGGAUAUUGCUACAGUUGUCGGGUUUCUGGCUACUGAUUCCAGUGAAUGGAUCAAUGGACAGGUAAUCCGUGCCAAUGGUGGCUAUGUGUAGAACUAGAGAAGAACCAUUUGUUCAAAACUCCGAUGAAUGGUUGGUGUUGUGGGGAAAUAUGGGUUGCGGGAAUAGAUCAGCAAUGCCAUGGAGUAGUUUGAUAUGUCAAGCUAUGGGGUUCUAGUGUUAUCUUUGCAAGAUCCCUUACACGUACUGCUUAGCAAUAAUAGUGGGAAGUCUGGAUGUGGAAGUAGGAUUGUUGUACUUUACUCAGGUUGAUGCUUUAAUGAUAUAGCCUUUUGAACAUAGACUCUGUUGAUGCUUAAGGUACAAAACGUACAUCUCUUACUGUAACCUACUCACUUUUAGAUUGAAUUCAUUCUUCCACGAGUGCUUGGCUCGUAAGAGCAAGUGAUCUUGGUAAUAGGCUGUCUGCCAUGGUCAUGCUCGAUGGACGCUGGCUCAUCUCCUGACAAAAAUCACUAGUCAUUCCUUCCACAGCAGGUUUCAUCAAUUCCAACUAAAGCCAUUCAAGUCAAGCUGUUUGCAGCCUGAAGUAGCAUCAAUCUCAUCGUGGGAGUUCAGGUCCAGCUUUGUACCGAAGUAAGGCAAUGGAUAUCCUUGUGACAAUUUUUCCUUCUCUGGGAUGACUGAAUCUGACUGCUUGUUAGUUUGGUCAGGGAAUAUGUCAGUCUCAGUCCUUCCUUUGUAUCUUCCUUCAGAAAACAUAUUACUUGCAUUCCCUCCUGCAUGGAGUCCCACACUCAUGGAUAAAUCACUAGCGCUUCUGUCAGUAGGGAAAACUCUCCUUUCGGCAGUUUUGCCAAGAGAUGAUAGAAAAAUAUUAUUAUUUUCUUUCAUGUCUUCUCUCCACCUGAUGUCAGACUGCUGUAGCAUUUUCCCUUCAGGAAGUUCUUUUGCCUCCAAGAGAUUACUACUGAUGUAGGGCCUCAAUCCCAUCCCUAUGUUGUGCAUCUCUUGUUCCUUUUGGGAUCCUUCACAAGAGGUGAGACAGCUGUCAAUCGAACAAUCAUUUGGCUGGUUUGUUUGUGUGUGCUGGGGGCACAGACCCUGCAGUUCUUUCAGCUCUGAAAAUGAAGAACUGAGACACUGAGUAGAUACUCUCGAGACGAGUUCUGAGAGUUGAACUUUGGCCGCCUCAAGUCCUACUGCACCUAAGUUCUGCUUCCCGAGGGUUUCCUGUGCUUUCUCAAGCACUGAUUGUAGGUAUUUUCCUUGUGCCUCUAUACGAAGCUGUAAAUGUCUCUGUACCUGGUCCAAUUGCAUGUUUUAGAUGAAAGUAGUUUGACUAUAAAUCCUUAUGUUUAUUAUGAAUAUGAAAUGACUUUCGCAUUGUAAGUAUUGGCUUACCUCAAGCUGGUCAUGCAACCUUCUCUGAACUUCAAUUUGCAUCUGUAGUGCUUCGCCGAUGUGUAAGCUUCUGAAGUAAGAAGUCAUUUUAGUUUUGACAGAAAAGUGAAAAGAAACCUCAUGAUGGUGGUACACAGAGUCAUACUUGUUUGCUUGGGGUGCAAUACUCGAGUUACUCGAAUGAGGUUGAGUUGGUUCAGGUCUGGUGUCCAUUUAAGUCUUGGCUUUGCAUCUGUUGAAAGGACAAGCCCUGAGUCUCCUGGGCCAUUCCCACCUUGCAGGAACAAAUGCCUCUCUGAUGGGAUUGGUAUUCUUGAAGAAGGGUGCAUGCUCUUGCCUUGCUGAUGAUGGUACAUAUCUAUCCCCCAAGAAAACUGAAUUUUGAUGUAGGGAGGAGAACUUACACUUGAUAUUGCAAUCAGGAAAAAUGUCUUCUUUACCUAAUGCCUUGUCUUUUCACAGUUGAUCCAAUCUGUUACAGCCUAAGAAGUUGAACUUGUUUAAGAAACACUCUUCUGGGACAACCCAACUGCCUGGUGUUUUCCCCCCCAAAUAUGUGAUUGUUCUGUUUGCUCUUCCUUGUUCUCUUUAUCCCAUGCCCAAUGCAUACUGACCAAAGGUCUGCUCUACUAUGUCCUUAUAAAGAGAUGGGAUGGAGGAAGAGAAUGGGAAGCUAUAGACG